CCUGCAGGGUUUAGGGAUACGAGUCCUCUUCCAUGGGGUUGGAAGUUGGGUGCAUGUGGCACGGGAGCAGUGAUGUCUCUUUGCAGGCCCUGGGCAGGCUCGUGCUGUACGUUUUAACGGGGGGCAGGAAACCCCUCCAGCAMGUUGGAAUCGAGGAUUUGGCUCCCGAUUCCCCAGAUUUCACAGAGGCUCUGGACCUUGUACAGARCCUGUCCUCUCCUGAUGAACGAGGCUUGGAAGGGCUGAGCAAACAUCCCUAUUUCUGGAGCAAUCAGAGGUUCAACUUCCUGAAGAAUAUAUGGAAUCAAAUCAAAGAAAUCAAAAAAUUCAAAGAACGAAAAAGUAUUUUUCAGUAUCCUCAUGUCACUGAGAAAAGUUUUCCUUAUCCAUGGUGGACCAGAGAGAUUGACCAAGAGAUUUUAGGUAUCAUGAAAAAGCCAGGGAAUGGUAAAAUACACAGAUACAGCAAUGAUGUCACCGACCUCCUGAGGCUCAUGAGAAACAUGGAUGAACACAAGGAUGAAAGGUAUGUGUUCUCAUCCUUGCCCCUGCCACAAUUGCAUGGAAUCAGAAAAUAUCCUGAGCUGGAAAAGACCCACAAGGAUCACCAAGUUCUGUCUUUGCCCAGGACAAGCUCAAGAAUCUCCACCGUGUGCUUGAGAGUGCUGUCCAAGAUGAAA